AUGGAGGAGCAGGAGCUUAGCAAGAUCAUCAUCAACGAGGCGGCGCGGUGCUCGCAGGGUCGACUGGACAGCGAGUCCACCGCCAAGCUUGCACGCUUCCUCAGUGACGCGAAGGGGCGAAAUCAUGUCUAUCAGUGCUGUCUAGACCUCGCACAGGACCCGGGACGGCGGCCGCGCAUCAUGAUGUUGCUAGUAAACUACGUCCAGAGCUUCCCACCAUCUCGGCAAUGCCUCGAGAGCAUCAAAGGUUUCUGCAAGGCUCACUCAUCCGGCGACGUCAGCCAAGACGUGCUGAAGCUGGUAGAUGCACUGCUACGUGAAGCGCCGCUGGAGGGUCUGGCCAGCUCGAUAGCGCGGUCUUCACGACAAGGCUAUGCCUCGGAGUUGGCGUUGCUGGCCGACUUUUCUGCGACGGCGCCGGGAAGUGGUAGCGUUCCCAUCUCUGCUGUGCCUUACAUGAAGUGGAUGAGCGUGUCCGUAAAAAAGAAUGAGGGCGUAAAGUGCUACAGCGAGGUCAUGUACCAGCGCGUGUGGUGCCCCCCGUACGUGGAUCAGUUCCCGCUGCUGUGCCUCGAGUCUACUGUGGUACGGCAGACCAGCAUAAUGUCCACCUUUUCGGCAAACUACAAGGUGAACCCGAACGUGAUGCAGGCUACCCUCUUCUUUAUGAAGCAGCUCUGCGACGGCUACGUCACUAAGCUGCACCUCUCUGAACCACAGCUGCACUUCCGGUCCGUCACCAUCUGCUACCUGCCCAUGCUGCUCGAGAUGAUGGAGAGCGACUACUUGUGCGUGCGCAACCACGUCUACGACUUCAUUUUCAACCUCGGCGUACAUGUGCAGCUCAUCGACCCCGCAGGUGUCUACCCCGGGUGCACCGAGGCACUAGAGCAGGAGGUGGUGUGGAUGGUGCUCACCGUGGUGGAGCGGCAGGCAGUGUUGAAGAUCUGUGACGAGACGACGUGGACGGCAGCUGCCAAGUGCCUUCUGGCGGUGGUGCCGCCCUCCUAUCGGCACUUGGUUGAUUGUCGCGUGCUCUUUCAGGUGCUGCAGCUGCCGGGGCUGUGGGAGCUGCAUCCCGAAACGUUUACCAUCCUGGCACAGGCGUUCGCGCGGAGCCUCUUAUCGAACAAGGACGUGGAUGUGGCUGCUGCCGACAAUCUCGUCGUCGAUGAAGUUGCCUUUGCCAAGCUAGGCAGCUCUGCGAUGUCUGACAUUCUCACCAUCUACCGGCACUGCACCACGCCAGGCGCGCGCAAGGCUCUCUUCCAGCUACUGGUGGCGUGCGCGGCCCGCCGGCAAGGGAUGCACGGUGCACGCAGCGGCAUGCGCGCGUCCAGCCAGCUGUCCGCCGAGGCCCGCGCCGGUGCCUUCAGCGAUUUGAUGUCGGUUGAUUUUUUCUGGCAUACUUAUCCGCUACUGUACUACAUGUCUGAGGCAGUGCAACGGGAGCUUCCGCGCCGCAUCGCUGACGGCCUCGUUAAGUCUGACUUUGACGGCACCAAGAAGAGCUGGAACGUCGUGCUGCCGCUAGUGGAGAACAUGCUAGGGUUGCUUGCUGAGGAUGCCGAACUGGAGGGCUACAUGCAGGCGCGCUUCAGGGCCAUCGAGGUGCUGCGGCGAAAGGAUGAGGAGGCAUUUUUGGCAGCCCUUCAGGUACUGCUGGGUGAGGUAACGGAGACCGUGCCGCUGCUGCUGGAAGGGCACCGGGACACGAAUGACACCAAGGUGUACACUGCAGCCUGGCGGCUCGCCUUUGUCAGCCUCCGCUGGAGUUCGCGGUACUUGCCAGGCGACGCUCACUGCGCCCUGACGGAUAAGCUAGUGCGCAACCUAGUUUUCUACAAAGAUGGCCGUGGGCGCAUCGGAAACCGCGCACGUGUGGGUCACAUGUGCGCCUCCCUUCUCUUUUCACUGAAUCUGCUGUGUCGUACGUCCCCGCAGCGCGAUGCUGUCACAUUCCGCACCGUCCUGGAGGUGGUCCUCUUCGACCGCGGCGAUACCAUUGACAUUCGGACUGCCAUGGCGCUCUACCAUCACCUUGUCGAGUAUCUGUGCGUCCCCACGAGGUCGUCCUUUCACCUGCACACCGCAAACGACGUCAGCGACGUGUCAGCCAUGGUCAUUCAAGAGCGCGCGCUGUGCAUCAGCACUGCUGCUGUGCAGUUCGUUGGGCUUCGCAUGCUGUGGGGCAUGUACCGUAGCCUCGAGCAAAGCCAGGCUGCCGCGGUGUGCCGUGCGCGGCAUGUGCUGGUUCUGCUGCUAUGCCACCAGAGCUCCGAUCGUCGUGGGGUGGAGGUGCGCACGUGGAGGACGGUCCUCUCAGACCCAUACCCGCCCGUCGCGCUGCUCGCAGCUGAGAAGAUCAUGCACAUCUUCAAGGCCGAGGAGAAACCGAGCACCGCUGCGGAGAUUAACGGUGACGCUUGUCGUGACGUAUACCACGACGCGAUGCGCAUCCUGGAGAAGGGGGAGCGGAAGCGUAUCUACUAG